AUGAAGACAGUACCAGUGAGAGUGGAGAUGGAGAUUCUAAAGACGACGGAGUUGCUGCUGCAAAGUGAUGAUGGGAGUGCGAAUGAUUCCGACAACAGCGAUGAUGGUAGCAAAGGCUCUGAAGCACAAGCAGAAAUCUCACCGAAUUCACACCGAAUCUCACCGAAUCCACACCCAAAGUCCGACCUCCGGGUGAAGAGCGCAGUGUCUGCCUGGUUCUACGGAUUCGAGAGCUCCUUCGACUCCUGGGAUAGGUUCCACGCGGCAUUCUACAUUUUUCAGUUGGAAACGUUUCAACGGUUCACAAAGCGCACAAGCACGUCUGUUACGGCUCGAAACAAACAAAUCGUUGCCAGUUCAAAAGCCAGGAAGGUUGCAGGGAAAAAGACAAGGAAGGCAGUAACGUUGGUACCGGACGAGUGGGUGACUUAUUCAAAGACACUGGUGUGCACACACGGUCAGCCUUACGAGCCGAAAGGCAAAGGCAAGCGCAACCACAACAACGUCCGCGACACCAACUGCCCGGCAAGAGUGAACCUGACAGUGACUGCCUCUAUCAGUGGCAGGUGGUACUUGCGUGCAAACGCCUCUGGAAGCCAUAAUCACGCGGUGAGCAAGCACACUUACGAAGGUUACGCCGAGAACAGGACAGUGAAGGAUCCUCAGCUUAAGAGUGACGUUGCAGUGCUUCGCAAGGUUGGGGCUACAGCAAAAGGCAUACUGCAGUACCUCCGGGAGAGGACAGGCAAGAAGACGAACUUAAAAGAUGUUCACAACAUGGUGCAGAGGCACAACGCUUCAGUCCAAGCUGGGCUUACGGAUGCUCAGCGUGCAUUUGCUGUUCUCGAGGAUUUUACCAGACAGAGGAACGGUAACGCUGCUCAGGUGCUCGUGGACAGUGAGACGAAUAUUGCACGGAUUGCUACGUUCCAGACGGCAAGGAUGAAACGUUUGUUCAAGGCUUCCCCUGAGAUUGUUUUCGUAGACUCCACUCACAAUACAAACGCGAACCGUUACAAGCUUUUUAGCUUCAUGGUUCACGACGUAUUCGGGAAGGGACAAUAUGUUCAUCAUGCUCUUGUAGAUAGCGAGGAGAAGGACAACUUGAGGCGUGUGGUAGAAAUCUUUAAGGAAAAUAAUCCUGAGUGGGGCAAGAUUCAACUUUUCAUGUCGGACAAGGCUAUACACCAGAAAGAUGUGCUGCGGGACGAGUUUCCUGAUGCACGCUAG